UGCGAUUCCUCAUGAUUAUAGCCCUAGUUACAAAAUUUAACAUCAAAUUCCAACCAGAACAGAUAUCGGGGCAGGAUGAAACGUUUCAAUCUGCCCCAUUUGUUUUGUUUCAUCGUACCCCACCCACGUUUUUUUAGAAAUUUUUCAACAAGAUGCAAAACCAAAUGAGCAGAAUAAAAGUCCUUAUAUCUUAUGAUGAAGAUUAAUAGAUGCUAAAUACUUACCAACAUCAAAAUAAAUCAUGAAAACCAACACGAAAGUAACACAGCCUUCCAAAGAGAAUAAUGAAAUUUUACUUUACGUGAUCCAAAACACACACGUACUCGUCACUCAACAGCCAAACACGAACUGACUUUCAAAGUAAGGUUAACUGGUGGGUAUUAGGUAUUCCAACGAACUGUCAAACUAAUUCCAAUGUGGCGGCUGUAGGCAAACAAAGUAAGGUUGUGUUGAUUUUGUGUUGUGUUCUUUUGUGUAUAAUCUGUAUUUUGUGAUAUAUUUUGGCGUCUGGAUUUUUUUACCUAUAGUUAAAAGAAUUGUGUAUAAAAAAUGCCAACAACUUGCCUCGUGGUCGGCUGUGGAAGUCGUGGGAACCGGGAUGAUGUUAGCUUUUAUUCAGUUCCUUCUGUAUUAAAUCAUCGGCUUUUGCCUCAUAAAAAUGAAUUAUCCAAAGAACGUAGGAGUUUAUGAAUUGCCGCAAUAAAAAGAGAUGAUCUCACUGAUGCUAUCCUCAAAAACCAAAGAGUUUGCAGUAAGCAUUUUAUCACAGGAAAACCAGCUUCUUUAUAAGAUAGGGAUCAUCCUGAUUGGGUUCCUUCACAAAAUAUGGGACAUCAUUCAAUGGUCAUCAGCAAAAGAAAAGCAGAUGUCGACAGAAAAGAAAGAGCAGAUAGAAGAAAGACACGUAAAUUAGAAGAACGAGUAGAGAUAGAAGAUUUAAGCGUUCAGGAAGAAAUUAUAGAGCAACAGGAAGAAGAUUCAGAUCAACAGCAGAACACUGGCGUCUCAACACAAACAGAGUUGACGAUGAAUGAACUAGAGAUGAAAUUUGAGCAGCUUGGUUUUGCUGCUAAGAAACUAGCAGAAAUGGAAAAAAAAUUGAAAAUUCACCGUAUGGUCUUAUGGAAGAUGAAAAAAAUGAAGAAAAGUGGAAAUACUUCACGGGAUUUCCAUAUAUUUUUAUAAUUUCUGUUAUUCACCCAAUUGUCCAAGAAUAUGUUCCAGUAAGUAGUACCACUGCUCUAAGUUCCUUCAAUCAGUUAUUACUGACCUUAAUUAAACUGAGGUUGGAUGUUCAUUUCAAAGAAUUGUCUUAUCACUUCAAAAUCUCUAGAUCAACUGCAUCAAGGUACUUCGCUAUUGUCAUCGACAUACUGUACCUCAAACUGAGAUCAUUUAUUGAGUGGCCUGAUCACAAUUCUGCAAUAAACAUUCCUACUUGCUUCAGGGAAGCUUUUCAUGAAAAGACAACUACCAUUAUAGAUUGUUUUGGAGUGUUUAUUGAAAGGCCAAACCCGUUUCUAUCACGACAAGCAACUUGGUCAAAUUAUAAGCACCACAAUACGGUGAAAUUUUUAAUAGGUAUUACUCCACAAGGGCUUAUUUGUUAUAUAAGUGAAUCUUUCGGUGGGAGGACUUCAGAUAAGCAAAUCGUUGAAAAUAGUGGAUUUUGUAAUAAGAUUGAGCCUGGGAAUGUUGUUUCAGCAGAUAGGGGCUUCCUAAUAAAAGAUUUAUUGCACAUUUUCAAUGUUGAUUUGGUAAUACCCGCGUUUACAAAUGGCAAAAAUCAAUUAGAUCCCAUUGAAGUUGAAACAACACGAAAUAUUGCUCAUGUUAGAGUGCACGUUGAAAGAAUCAUAGGGUAUAUCAAAAAUAAAUUUAAUAUUUUUAAGGGAACGAUACCUAUUACAAUGUUAAAUGUACAUAAUGAAGAUGAAAAUCUUUGCCUACUUGAUAAAAUUGUGACUGUGUGCUGUGCACUAAUCAAUUUGUCUCCUCCAAUAAUACCCCUUUAAAAAAGAAAAAAUAUUUUUUAAUGAGCACAGCAUGAUGAUGUUUGGGCAUCCACUUUGUAUUCCUUUCUAUUAUGUGAUAUGUGAUGAUUAUAUCUUUCAUUUUUAUGUUAUAAUAUGUUUAAUGUCAAUCGUACAUGUUUGUCUACAAGAUCACCAAUAAUCUCUUGAAGAACGGCCUUACAGUGGAGAGCAACAUCAUCCAUCAAUAUAAUACAAGAAAUAGAGAAAGAUUCAAGCUGGAUAAAAACACAAAAACAAACUAUGGUAGAAGAAGACCUAGCUAUGCCGCUGUAGAACUUUAUAACAAAUUGCCCCUUGCCAUCAGAUCUUCCAAAUCGCUGGGGACAUUUCGAACUGGUAUACGAGAACAUUUAGUUGUGUGAUUUUAUUGUUAAUAUUCAAUAUUUCUAACUUGUGAUAAGAAAUUUAUGUAGCAAAUGAACUUAUACCUUGUUAAUAUUUCUAUGAGAACAACUGUAUGUUGAUUAACAGAAUAAACUUUAUUAUUAUUAUUAUUAUUAUAAUCAGUUCAGUGCAAUAAUGUUAUUGAUUAGAGAUUUUUUUUUGUUACCUGAUAUCGAAGAUUCAAUCUAAUUAAAUAAAUGCAAUUGUGGAA